CUCUCUUUCUGCGUACAAUAUACAAUAAAAACCCUAAUUAACCCAACUUUUUGCUCUCUUUUAAAGAUUUUUCGUCAAAAUCCCCAAACCCUAACUCUCAUUUCCCCUUUCUCAGUUCUCUCUCUCUCUGAUGGCGACGGCGCGUGAAGAGAGUAACCCGUACGACGGGGGGUUCGGAGGCGGAGGAAAGUUUAGGAAACGGCCGUUUCGGAGGACAACGCAAACCACUCCGUACGAUCGACCACCGACCGCAAUAAGGAACCCCAGCGCUAGCGGCAAUAGAAAUGGUUGGUUAUCGAAAUUGGUGGAUCCAGCGCAGAGGCUUAUUACUUCCAGUGCGCACAGGCUCUUCGCGUCCGUCUUCAGGAAACGCCUCCCUCCUCCUCCGCCUCAUCCGCCGGAAGCGCCGGAGCCCGAGACUAAUGAGGAAGUGAGGGAGAAUCCACCAGAAGCAGCUUUAACAGAUUCUCCUGUUCUGGAAGUAGCCAUCACAGGAUGUGACAAUUCCAGUAAUCAUACUGAUGGAGGUGGAGUUGCCGAACUUGAGGAAAUUUUAAAGCAGAAGACAUUUACCAGAUCUGAAAUUGAUCGUUUGACGACUUUACUACAUUCAAGAACUGUUGAUAUUCCUGGUGGAAAUGAAGAAAAGAGGUCUGACGUGAGACCGGUGGUCUUACAUGACAGGAAAGAAGAAUUACCAAAGACUCCGGUUCGAGAAAAUGGGACUGGGAACCAUCUUGUUUCAACACCUGUUGUCACCUCAACUGUCCUUGAGGAUGUUGCUUCACCUGCUGAGCUUGCAAGAGCUUACAUGGGCAGUAGGCCUUCAAAAGUAUCUAUAUCAACACUUGCAUUACACAAUCAAGUGCAUAGGGGAGAUUUAGCUUUGCUCAGCAAUAAAAAUUUCCCUUCUAAAUCACCCACAAUGUCACUUGUGCCAAGGUCUUCUGGCCCUGUUGGGAGUCUUGGAAAUGGCUUUGUGACCCCAAGAUCACGGGGCAGGUCUGCAAUGUAUAGUAUGGCACGAACACCUUAUUCCAGGGUUAACUCAGCAGCUGUCCUCAAGGGAGCUGGGACUGCAAGUGAUGCUUUUGGUGGACCAUUAUCAUCAUCUCAGAGUGCAUGGAAGCAAAACAGAAUCUCGGGCUCUAGACAAGGGGCUUUGAAGCGUGGGAGUUCAGUGUUAGACAAUGAUAUAGGAUCUGUUGGCCCUAUUCGCCGCAUCCGUCAGAAGUCUAACCUUCUUUCUUCAAAAAACUUAAGUUUACCUGCUUCUGGUGGUCCUCUAUCUGCCUAUGAAGCUGGUUCUAGUUCAGCUUUAUUAGAUGCCCAGCGUCAUGUAUCUUUAAGAGAGACACCAGCUUUAUUGGGUGAAGUUAGGCAUAGCUUUACUGAUGCUCUAGCCGAGAAUGGGGAUAACAGCACUCCUGGCACACAUUUUACCCCAGUUCCAUCCAAGUCCAGCGAGAUGGCUUCAAAAAUAUUACAGCAACUUGACAAGUUGGUCUCCCCAAGGGAAAAAUCGCCAACGAAGUUGUCACCAUCUAUGCUACAUGGGCAGGCUCUUAAAAGCCUUGAGAACGUAGAUUCUUCAAAAUUUCUGGAGAAUAUGCAUGAUAUUGGCAAGUUGGGUGGUUCUCACACCGCACUGCCUGAUGUUCGAGACUCUACGUCUCACAAGCGGGAUAAGGUUGAAGAAAAUGGCUCAACAAAGUUGGUUGCUUUCCCUGACAAGUCAGGUCCUGCGGUAAAUGGUGUAGAUACUGAUAGUUUACUGAAGGAUAAUGUUCCUUGUCUUAAAGCUGCUGAUUCCGCUGUGAUCAAAUCUGUUGUACAGCUACCUCAACAAAAGAGAUGGGCUUUUCAGAUGAGUGCACAUGAGGAUUAUCUGGAUCUGGAUGAAGAUGACCAUACUAAUGGAGCUGCAUCUGCCACAUUUGUUGAGGGGAGAGAGAAGUUGGAUAACUGUGUCAUGGGAAGUAAGACUGCUGCUGCUGAAGCUAUUUUAGUAGAGAAGCCUUCUAGUCUUUCUGAAGUUAAGCCUAUUUCAAGUUUGGUAUUAAACAGAAAACCUGAUUUGGGAACAUCUGAUGGAUCAGUAGUUGAAAAGAAUGAUGGUAUUACUUUUCCAGUUGCACAGGUGGUGACUUCAUCUGUCCAGGCAACAUUGUCGGACACUCAGUCAACUUUAACAGCCAAUAAAGAUGUUGCCUCUAAGGAAUCAAAUGCCAAUUCUCUCAUGCUUAGCUUUGGGGAGAAAUUAGUUCCAGCAAAGCAGCCAGAUAUAGCUGCUCCAACAUUUGGCUUUGCCUCUACAAAUGUAGGCGAGGUUUCAUCAGUUAGUGGAUCUUCAGGUGUUAAGAUUCCCACAAGUUCAGACCAAAAACUAGAGAACUCAAUCAGCUUUGCUUCUACUGCUCCCAGUACAACCAAUUCCUUGAUAGAUAAAUCUGAUAAAGAGAACCCUAUGAACGGCGUCUUCUUCAGGACAGCUGAAACUGCAAUCUCCUCUGCUGUAUCAACUUCGACCUCAGCUGGAAGCAUAUUCAAGUUUGGUGCCUCAGCAAAUAGUUCUACUCUAAAUAAUGGGUCUCUUGCCUCAAGUCCUUUUCCAUUUUCUUCAAUGACGCCAUCCUUAGUCUCCAGUAAUGGUCAAAGUUCAUCCAGUAGCUUUACCAACUCUAUGCCUUUCACCACAAUAGUGACACUUCUGCUGCUGCCACAUUUCCAUAGCUGCCAAUGCCACCAUCAGCGUACUAGCAGCCUCUAUGCAGGCUCGGUCCCCUCCCUUACAGCUGCGCCUCUUUUAUUUUCAUCCUCUGGGGACCCAUCAACUACAGCUUCAACAUUAUCAGCAACUUCAGGGGAAGCAACUGAAGCCAAGACGCAGAGUACUAGCUUUGGCAAUGUGGCCAUUGUUCCUUUUGGAAGUACAUCUGCUUUUACUAGCUCUGGAAGUAGUAUUUUUGGUGGUACAUCUGAAGUCACAUGCAUUGUGAGCAGCACUUCUGGUGGUCCAACAGCUCCGGUCACGAGCUCUGUGAGUAGCAGUUUCAGUGGUACAUCUUCAACAAUUACAAACUCCGGAAGUGUUUUCAGCAGCACAUUUUCCACCAUCACAAGCACAGGCAAUGGCAUCUUUGGAGAUACAACUGCAACUAAAGGCACAGGCAGUAGUGUUUUUGGUGGUACAUGUUUGUCAAAAGCUAGUACGGGAAGUAGUAUUUUUUCCACUACAUCUGCAAUCACAAGCACAGGAAGCAGCAUCUUUGGAUUUAGUGCACCAGCUGCAUCCACAGCUACCGCACAGGCUCAGGGUUCAAAUCCUUUUAAUGCUGUUAAUACCCAGGCAGCUGCAGCUGGAACUGGCAUUGCUACCACUGCUCAAAGCAUGCCAGUUCAGUAUGCUUCAUCUGCAUCAUCUCCAUCAUUUGGACUGGCUGGGAAUACAACUUUUUCCUCUGGCAGUUCAGUGUUUGGGUCGUCAGUAUCUGAAGCUAAACCUUUUGGUUCAGGGGCUACAUUUGGAAUGAGUUCGUCCUCUUCAGAAACAACGUCUCUUAGCUCUAGCAGUGGCAUUGCUUCUGGCACUUUUGGUUCCAAUUGGCAAGCCCCUAAGGCGCCUCUAUUUGGUUCCACAUUUAGUCCAUCUUCUUCAUCUGGGUUUUCCUUUGGAUCGUCAGCUUCUAUUCCUGCUCCUAGCAAUGCACCUACUAUCUUUGGGUCAUCCACUGGUGCCGCUUCAAGUUCCAUGUUUUCAUUCACUUCAGCUGCAGCUGCUACUUUAUCACAGCCUGUGUUUGGUAACACUAGUCCUGGCUUGGUGUUGGGGUCGGCUUCCGCUAGUAACAAUGAUCAAAUGGAGGAUAGUAUGGCAGAGGACACAGUUCAGGCUUCUCCACUGACUAAUGCGACAUUUGGGCAACAACCAAUAUCACCACCUACAUCUGGGUUCAUUUUUGGAGCAUCAAACCCAUCAGGAGCAAAUUCUUUCCAGUUUGGAGUCCAACCAGGCAUGGCCACGUCACAGAAUGCAUCUCCAUUUCAGGCUUCCGGUAGCCUGGAAUUUGGUGCUAGUGGGAGCUUUUCACUGGGCACGGGUGGCAGUGACAAGUCUGCCAGAAAAUUUGUGAAGGUCCGCAAGCAGCGGAAGAAGUAAAGAGGUGUGAUUACAGUAACAGGGAAACUGUUUGAUGGGACAGACCUGUGUGAUAGAUUGAAUAAUUAUUGCGGCAGGAGAUGAACAGCAUGUGAUUGUUGCUGUUGGGGGAAGCCAUAUGAAAUUCAUUGGGUGCUAGCAGAAGGAUUGAGUGGGGUUGGUUCUGCUUUGGUCAUUUACAGUUUCCCUGCUUUCAUUGGAGAAGCUUGUCACAAUUUUGUAUGGGUCUUGCUAGUAAAAAUUUGAGAAAAACAUUUGUAUUGUACUGCUAGUAUAAUUAGAUGAUAGAUUUUGCAGGUUUGAGCAAUUGUGCUUUUCACCUUUGUCCUUCUGUGUACCCUUAUCAUAUGUAACAUAAACAACAAUGCAAAAUGGUUUUGAAUUUGAUUUUGAGAGGAUCUCUGAUGAAGAAACUGUUCUCCAGAUGGAUAUGUUAAGACCAAAUUAUUUAAA